GAUAUCAAAAUAGUAAACAAUAAUAAUUUACUUGCAAACGUAAUAUUUUUGGAAAUAUGAAUAUUACUAUUCAUUUUUUCCUUUAAAAUUUUAAUAUAUAAUAAAAUAUGUCAGUUACAAUAUCGUAUGUUCAAGUUGAGUGAGGUAGUGUUUUAUUUAAAUUUUUUUUCCCCACGGAAUGGAUCCUGUCUUCUGAAUGGAUACUUUUAAUUGGUAUCUGGAGAAAACUUCAACAUUACAACAAAUCAAACCUGUAGGUUUAUACGACCUUUCAAAUUUACAGUUGAGAUUUCUAUGCCCGCAAGAUAUCAAUGAAGUAAACGCUUUAUGUGUAGAUUGUUUUCCUGUAGAGUACCCUAGAUCGUGGUAUGAAGACAUAACAUCAAAUCCAAAGUUUUAUUCUUUAGCUGCUAUACAUAAAUCUACUAUUGUUGGUAUCAUAGUAGCUGAAAUCAAACUAUAUAUAAAAUUAAACCCCAAGGAAAGAGAAGUAGUUUCGCCAUCUGCAGGGAAAUUUACUCAAGUUGGAUAUAUCUUGAGUUUAGGUGUUACUAAAGCAUACAGACGUAAUGGCAUAGCGUCAUUGUUGUUAGAUAAUCUUGUAUCACAUUUGACUUCUGCAGAAUCUCAAAACUGUAAGGCAAUUUUUUUACAUGUACUUUCCAGUAACUCGUCUGCAAUUUCCUUUUAUGAGAGAAAAAGUUUCAGGUUACAUUCAUUCCAUCCUUAUUAUUAUAUGAUUAAUGGAAUUAACAAAGAUGGGUUUGCAUAUGUGCUAUAUAUAAAUGGAGGACACCAACAAUGGAUGAUCUUUGAUGUAUUGAGGUAUAUUUAUACCACAGUUUGUGAAUUGGGCGUUGUCAGAUGGACAAUUAACAAAGCUCGAAAAGCUGCCAGACGUUUUUGGCCAAGAAUUAGGCGAAUUGCUUCACAGAAUACCAGUACUAUUAUGAUUGAUUGUAGCUGAGAUAUAUUAAUUAACAUGAAUAUUCCAAAUUUCAUCUGCCGUUCAGUGGAUAUAUAAUGUAUACAUUUAACUUUUAAGGUUAUUCUAUCAUAACAACACCGUUUGUCUUCUUCUUAUUUAUUAAAUACUGUGGUAGUCGUAAGAAUUGUAUACACUAAGUUGUUUGUAUUAAACAAAGUAAAUAUCUUAAACAAAUAUAUUUUUUAAGUUCAUUAAUUAACUAUCGGACAAAGAACGGAACACAAUGUUUUUAGAGCUAAUAUAUUUAUUUAUUUACAUUUACAUUAUAUUUACUGAAUAAUUUCAGAGCUUUUGCAGUUUAUCAUUUUUGAUAUAGUAAUAAUAAUAAGAAUAAGAAUAAGAUAAAUAUGUGUGCCUACAAAUUUUAAAUAUUUUUUAUUGAAUUUUUUUACUAUAGUACUUGUGUCAAAACUAUUAUAUAACAACUGCUCUCAAAAUUGUAUAAUACAUUAAUUGUUCUUCAUUUUAUAUUCUAAACAAUUUUAAAUGGUAGGUAUUAUUUAUCUUCCUUUUUAUGUUUUAAGUUAUGACAAAUUUUGUUAAGUGAUUUUUUAUUAAUUAUUUUUACAACUCUUAAAAAAGUGUGUUCCUUUUUAAAAACUUCUAGUCACUUCAUUUAAAUGAUGCCUAAGAUACAAUACAAAUGUACCUUUUUAUUAGUUCUACAUUUACCGACAAUCAUUUUUUUUCUGUUGUUAUACUUUAUUAGUUUUCAAAAAUGAAUUAUGUUUAAAAUGAACUUUGAUUUUUAUUGACUAUUAAUUAUUAUAUAUUUAUUUUUAGUUAUUGCUUUAAAUACAUUCAUGUAUUGUUUAUUUAAUUAUUUUUUGUUAUUAUUUUACUUUAUAGUUUAAUCUUUAAACUCUAGAGUAAAUAAAUUCUGUUUUGUUAGAAUAUUAGAACAAGUAUAAAGAUCUAUUUAUUUUUUACACCCUUAUUUUAUUGUUUUCCCGUUAAUUAUUUUUAUAUUGUAUUCAUCUAACUUAUUAAAAUUCCUUUAUAUUAUUUACACUGUUUUGAAUAAAAUUAUAAUUCAUUAAACAUUAUAAUAUGUUUAUAAGUAAUAUAAUAUUAAAAUAUUUAAGUGUUAAUAUUGUAUAUUUUCUUGGAAUUAAUUAACAAUAGAAAUUAUGUAAUAAAUAUUAACAUCAAAUAAAUCUGAAACAAACCUUUA